AUGGAUGAGUUGAAGCCCGUGACACAUCUUCUUGCUGUUGAUAUCACUUCAGGGAGUGGGUUGCAUUUACUUCACCAAGGCUUAAAUUACCUGAGAGAAGGGUCAAAAGAUGCUCGUAUAGGUCUUCUAUUUAAUGCCAAUCGGAGUACAGAUUCAUUAAGCCUCCUUCUUGUGAAGGUUUUUGAAAUCACUUUAUCUUCAUAUAGUCAUAAGAAAAAUGUGUUAGACUUCUUGGAUCAGUUGUGCGUACUCUAUCAGCAAAAAUACUUCCUCACAUCAGCGGUGGAAGUUGAAGGGACCCAAAUAUUUAUUGAUAAGGUCUGUGAGCUUGCUGAGUUGAAUGGGUUACCCUCUGAGGGCUAUAGAUCCACCCUCCCAAAAUUUUCUGCUGAUGAAGUGAGAAGGCAUUUGAGCAAGGUAUUUCUGGUGGAAACAUUUUUGCAUAGGCUACUUGGGUCUGAAUCUGGUUUUAAUGCUGUCUUUACUAAUGGAAGGGUAACUUAUCCUAUCGAUGAACACACAUUUUUGAGUUCUGAUCUGCUUCUUCUCGAAUCAAUAGAGUUUAAGCAGAGGACAAAACACAUUUUGGAAAUCAUUGAAGAAGUAAAAUGGCAGGAUGUUGACCCUGACAUGCUGACAAGAUUGGUUAUCCAGAUUAGCAUUCCUGGGGCCUAUGCUUUUUUUGCUCAGCAAAGAAGGUCCUCAAUCAUACCUGAAAUUAAAGUUUGUUUAAUUGUUGAGAAAUCCUUACAGAACAAAUUCAUUAGUGAUAUUGUCAUGGCCGUAUCAUCUUCAAUGGCUAUGAGGGAGCGAAGUUCUGAGAGUGCUCGUUUUGAGAUUUUGAAUGACCAACAUAGCAUUCACAUUGAUGCUUGUCUCGAUCCUUUAAGUCCUACCAGUCAGAAGUUGUCUGGAAUUCUUCGAGUUUUGUGGAAAUACAUCCAACCCAGCAUGAGGAUUGUUCUGAAUCCAUUGAGUUCCCUUGCUGAUCUUCCUCUGAAGAACUACUACAGAUAUGUUGUACCAUCAAUGGAUGAUUUUAGCAGUGUUGACUCUUCAAUCAAUGGCCCAAAAGCAUUUUUCGCUAACAUGCCACUGUCUAAGACACUCACCAUGAAUCUUGAUGUUCCAGAACCUUGGCUUGUUGAGCCUGUUAUUGCUGUGUAUACUGUUUUCCUUGAUAAUAUAGAAGCAUGUGAUAAAUUUGAAUAA